UUCUUCCUUCCUUCAUUCAAUUUUCGUCAAAAACGUGUCCAAUUCCUCUGUUUGCCACCAUAUCUACCUUCUCUGCAAAGCAAUCUUCUUUUCAAAUUUCUCUCAGUUUCCCAAUAUUCACACAAUCUUCUUAAAUGCAAUCCACAAAUCCCAAUUCUAUAGAUUAAUUCAUUUCAUCUCUGUAUAAAAAGGGGUUGGUUGCAUUUAGUCUUUUUCAAUCACUGACAUACUGCUGUGAUUUUCUUUUAGUUUUUUCGAUGGUCCUGUGGGGUGUUUAUGGCUACUGAUCGCUUUUGACACGCUUCUUCAUUCGGCUAUAUCUAUCUCUUUUGUGUUAUGAAGAAGCGCUGUGGUGAAUUUUUAUUUUCAGACCUGAGUUUUUCUUCUUCUUCUUCUGGGUUGUUGGCUGAGUUGAAUUUUUCAUGGAAUUUCCUUGAUCCCAUUUUUAUUCAUUCUGUGAUUGGUGGUGCGAAUUUGAAGAGGGGUUCAUGGGGAGUAUUGAUUAUGGCAAAUGUGUCUUUCCCUUGACUAGUUUGCAAAUCGGGGACUUGCAGUCCUAUCUUUCACAUCUUCACGUUUUCCUCGCUCCUGAGAGUAAGAGAUUAUAUAUCUUGGUGGACAACCGUCCAUGGCUUAGAGAUCUUGUCUCUAAACCUGCACACUUAUGGCAAUUGAUGGUUACCAAGUCCAGGUUAUCUCCCUUUGCAAAUACCAGAGGGAGGAAGCACAGGAAAGAGAAUGGAGAUAUAAUGGAUAUAAAAUCUAGUCCAGAAUUAAGCACGAGUGAAUCAGAAAACGUCAGAAGAUGGUUUCCCUUUCUUGAUGCUGCAACAUUGUCCAAGAGGAGGGAAUUAUUACCUGUAAAGAAAUUGAGAAACUCUUUAAUUUUGAAUAGCAAAUUACAUAGGACCUUGUAUGGGUUCAUUGUGUUUGAAGUUGCGUGGAGUGAUGUGCGUGGUAUAAAUUAUUUCAAUGAGCUUCAGACAGAUACAUCACUUGCCAUAGAAACAAAGUUCAUGAAAAGAUGGGAAUUUGAUAGUGUAGCACAAGCUGCUAAAUGCAUGUCGUCAUGGUUUUCUGGGACUCCCACAGAACAUCAUCUCCUGAAAGUGUGUUUGGAAUCUACUAUAGGAGAGGUAUUUUAUGAUUCUCAAGACAUUUUUCGGGAGACUUCUGGUGUUGCUGACAGUGAUAUUUCUUCUGCCUAUUCAAGUGACGAUGAUGAAUCUCCUUGCGGUUCAAUGAGAAGUUUCAGUAUGUACCCUGCAACAGAAAAUGGUGAAAUAUCUCUGCAUACACCAACUCCACUUGAUGGAGCUCAUAAGAGAAGAAAACUUUUGAAGUCUAUCAGUAAGCGAUUCAAUGUUGAUAUGCUCUCUGAGGAGCCCUUUUCUGAAACUAUUGAAUCACAACUACAUGGUGAUCCCUCUGACAGAAGUACUUCUGAAGUAGUUGAAGCCUCCCAGUACAAGGAUGUUUUGCUUUUGUUUCGGUUUAAUCAUCGCGAUUUUCCUUUCAAACUAAGAGACAUCAUUCUUUCGGACUUACGGCUUCUUAGACUACUUGAAGCUGGGCUUCCUUCAUGGGUCAUAUUUCUCCAGUCCUAUCCAGUAUUUUGCCAUAUAUAUCGCCCAUGGAUGUGCCCUCUAGCAAGAUUUUUAUAUGUCAUAAUCUCUGUGGUUACUGUUCUAAUUGGAUUUUAUGAUCUAUACAAAAAUGUACCUGUACUCAAAGCGACAGCCUCUAGUUUGUUUGGUCCACUGUUUGAUUGGAUUGAAACAUGGGAAAUGGUAUCAAGAAUUCAGUACUUGGGGACCAUGCUAUUUCUGCACAAUUUUCAGAAGGCCUUCAGGUGGUUCCUCAUGACAAUGCGUACUACUCGAUCAUUUUUCUCCGUUCUCACGCAGCCAAUGGCAGGUCCACUUGUUGAGUUUGUGGGAUUCUUCCUUCCUUACUCGACUAUGUGUGCACAAAUUAUGGAAGAUUUCUUUUCUGUAAUAUGGUUUACAGUCUGGUCUUCUUAUUCUCUGGUGGGAAAAACCAUUGAGAUUUUGUUACUACCUCUCUGGUAUACCACAUCGUUUGUUUGGAAUCUUGUGACUUAUUUAUUGUAUCCCAUCUUCUGGAUUCUGUGGGAAGUAGCAUAUGCUCCAAUUCGCCUGGUCUUUGGUUUUUCUAGCCUUCUGGGCUUUUUAUGUACUUCUAUAUAUGAAGUGAUCAUGGAUUCAUGGCUGUUCGUAAGUAGCAUAGUUCGAGUCACUUCUCAGGUGGAGACUACAGUGACAUCCAGCGCAGUAUCCGUAUCCAUAUGGCGUUCUCUUUGGAAUGACCUUUUCUCUCAGAUUUUCAAAGCUCUUCGAAGUAUUCUCUAUGGUUUUGUUGCAUUUUUCACAGCCUGCAACAGACACCGGCUAAGUAUCUAUAAUCAUAUGAGUGAUUUUAUCCAAAGAUUAUCCCAGCCUGGGAAAUGGUCACAGCCUGCAGAACGUGGCCGUAGUCCACCAACAUCUGGAACACAAAUCACAUGGGUGGAUACAAAAGAUGUGCACCACCAGCGAAAAUUCAGAAAAAUCGAUUGAUGAGAGAGAGACCUCUGCGCCUUUUAACUUGUACAGCAAAAGUUAACUCCGUCACUGACCAGGAAGUUUUCUGUGGGUGGCAUAUGUAGGAUCUAUCUCUUCAUGGGAAAUCAGUUUUGCUCAGUUAUUUGGCUGUUGCCCCUUGAGUUUUUUGUUGCUAUCUACUUUUUUAUCGUCCCCUUAUAGUGUUAAGGACGGGGACUCCACCUAGAGCUUGUAGCAUACCAGAAAAUGUCUUGUAAAUAAUGCAAACAUGGAGAUAGUUUUUGAAAUAUAAAGUAGAAAUGUUAGAAGUAUCCA